AAUCCAUAUCCAUUAAUUGGUGCCUAUAAAAUAGCAGCCUACAACGCACCAAUCACCACCAAUUCAAUUCAAUUCAAUUGUAUAUUUAACUUCUCAAUCAUGAAAUCUUCCACCAACCCAAUUGAGCCACCGCAAUACGCCACCGGAAUCCCAGCUCAGCCUAACAUCACCGCCGGCGAAUGGUCCACCGGCCUUUGUGAGUGCAGCUCCGAUCUCUCCAUUUGUUGCUUGACGUGUUGCUGUCCGUGUAUUACUUUUGGACGAAUUGCGGAGGUUGUCGACAAGGGAACUACUUCUUGUGGUGUUGGCGGCGCCCUUUAUUCAGUGCUUUGUUUAUUCACUGGAUGUGAAUGCAUAUAUUCAUUUAUGUAUCGAUCUAAAUUAAGGCAACAAUACAUGUUACCCGAGCAACCCUGCAACGAUUGCCUUGUCCAUUGCUGUUGCGAGCUUUGUGCUCUUUGCCAAGAAUAUCGGGAGCUUAAGUAUCGUGGACUUGAUCCGGCACUUGGAUGGCAAGGAAAUCUGCAAACUCAAAGUCAAGGAGUCGUGAUGCCACCACUUGGUCCAGGAGAAAUGAAGCGUUAAUUUUGAUAACAAUCGAGGAAACUUUGAAUCAUGGGGUGUAUAGAUCUAAGAUAUUAUUGUAUUUACUAUUAUAGGGUCCAUGACGGCUUGGAUCAUCGUGUGAAUUUACUAUUACAGGGUUCAUGACGCUUGGAUCAUCAUAUGCAUUUAUUUAAAGUUUGGAUUUUAAUCAUAUCAAAAUAAAUGUAAUUUUAUUAGGCUUGAAUAAUAGUAAACAUGAAUUGAUUACUAUUAA